GCUAACGACAAAGAAAAAAGGGGGAAGAAUUAGUUAUGGGGAAUCGGCAGUCGUCAGAAAGAAACGUAAAACCUCCUCCUCCAGUUGAACGCUUCACAGAAUAUAGUAUUGAGGAGUGCUGAUGUCGGAACACGCGCAGCCAUUGUUGGCACCCUCCCCCAUCAGCCCCCGCCCGCCACCAACCCCACAACAUGCAACCCAGGGCCUGCCGAAACGCUCCUUCUUCUACCCGAUCCACGGCAUCCCGCAUCUUAUCGCCCACCGCUCCCUCCACCCCUCACUCUACUCCCGCGUCCUGCCACUAUGUCUGCUAUCGCUCUUCGUGGUGAUCUUUAUGUUCGCCUUCCUAUGGCUCCCCCACGUCUUCAUCCUUAGCCUCUUCCACGAGCCGUUCCCGCGGAGCGCCGCCGCAACAAUGAUCCUCUCCGAGUCCGGCACCAUCGUCGCACUCAUCGCCGAGUCGUUCCUCACCGAAAAGCAGAUCGUCGAUGUAUUCGACAUCGUGCUGCUAUCAGGGACGAAGCGAGUGCGCGGCCUCAACAAGCGCGCCGAGGCUAUGGUCAGGGUUACCCGCGAUCUAGUGGUGGACGAGGACGGCAGACGGCGGCUGGGGAAUCACAGACUUAGCCCGUACAUGAAGUCCCGAGAAAGCGUCCGCAUGGGUGUUUACUUCAUCCUCGAGCUGCCGUUGUGCUUCAUCCCCGUUGUUGGCACGGCGAUAUUCCUUUGCCUGCAAGGCUUCCACCUCGGCCCUCUCUGCCACUACCGCUAUUUCCAGCUGCUGGGCUGGGACAAAUCGCAGCGGCGCCGCUUCAUCCGGCGCAACCGCUUCCGCUACUUCCUGUUCGGGCUCGUGCACGUGUGUCUGCAGCUGAUUCCGGUGGCCAGCAUCUUCUUCCUCUUCUCGACGGGCACUGGCGCCGCACUGUGGGCGACGGAGUACGAGCGGCGGCUGUGGAAAGACGGCGGGCACGAGGAGUUCGACGACGAGGAGCGCGCCGCCGAGAUCGUGGCUAGUCUCCCGCCGCCAAAGUUUGCCGUCGAUGGCACUGGGGGCGGGCAGAAGAGUUGGUUGACUUGGUGGAGGAAGUAGAGGGCUGGCUGGGGCGUCGAGGGUGAUACGGAGUUCUGUUUGGGAGGAGUUUGUCAUUGGGGGAGCGCUUCUUUUUGGUUUGGACUGUGGUUUUUGCUUGUUUUGGAUCGUUCGUCGUCUAUACCCGUUGCUUUAAAUACCUUGAUUGAUAGACUUUACUUUUUCUGUACUAUACUUUAUCAGGCACGUUAUAUUUGCGAUUUAGCCGUUCAGCGUGUUUCGAGAGUAAACGAGGAAGUAAAUUAAUGUGUUGCCAAUGUCAAGAAUCGACAUAAACCUUCUGACAUAAAGUCACCGAGAUGGGCGCCAUAGAAU